GUUAAUGUUAAUGUUACAUUUUUAAAUAUUGUAAAUUUAAUCAACUGCAUUCAAGAAGAUUCAAGUGGUGUCGGUUAUGCCCUACAAUAUGAAUACAGAGAGAUUUUAUAGUAUUUAAUCCAAUAAAUUACCAUCACUUAAUCCUUCUGUACAUAUACUUACGUAUCUGAAGGUUUAUAGAUUCCAACUAGGCUUAUCAUUUCUAACCUAUAAUGAAGUAGAGAGUGGAGUGAACGAAUGUUAUAACUACUUACUCAGUUUCCCAACAAUGUAUUCCUUAUAAAUCAUCGUCUCAAAAUGGAUACGUUGCCACAAAAGGCUGAAGAACCUAAUAAAUUAGCCACAUCACAGGACUUGUCUACAUUAGAGGAAUAUGUGAAGAAGCUGUAUGAGUACAGAGACCAUUAUUUUGAUCAUCAUAGAAUUGAAGAAGCGAUUCUAAGAGAAAAAAGAUUGAAUGAGAAGAUGCAAGAAACCCUUAAACAUCUUCAAGAUUUUGAUUGUACGUCGCUGAAGGUUGAAGGCAGAGCCAAGUACUAUUAUUUGCUCGGUCGAACUCUUGACGUCGGUCCUGAUCACAAUUCUGAGGCCGAAGCUGCCCUUGCGAAAGCCGUCAAACUUGACCCUCAGUUGGUAGAGGCUUGGAACCAACUGGGCGAGUGCUACUGGAAAAGAGACAAUAUCAAGGAGGCCAAGAACUGCUUUCAAGGAGCUCUCAACAAAAAAAAGAACAUCGUAUCUCUUCGAAACAUGUCCAUGCUGGUACGAAUGGAAGCAACGUCAACUCGAGAAGAAAAAGUGAAGAACGUUGAGCUAGGUUUGGAUCUCGCCAAGCAAGCAGUUGAGAUGGACACUAGCGAUCCAGAGUCCUGGCUGGUGCUGGGGAAUUCUUUCCUGGCUAUGUUCUUCAAUGUUCAACAGAACCCGAAAACUCUUAAACAAGCCAUGACUGCGUACUUAAGAUCGGAAGCCGACCCUGUAGGAAAAAACAAUCAUGAUCUUCAUUACAACAAAGCUGUGGCUCUAAAGUACGAGGAAGAGUAUCCCAGUGCAUUGAUGGAGUUCACACGUGCAUAUGAGUUGAACCCUUCUUGGGAGACUCCAAGCAAGAACCUGCGUCAGAUGCUGCAGUAUCUAGACUCCAUCAUGGACCUGCUGCAAGCCAAGGGACGUCUGAAGGCCAAGAAACUGCAGUCUUUGCUGCAAAGCAUAGAAGACAAGCAGUUGGGUCCAUAUGAAGGAGGCCAAUAUACCUCAGGUGGCCAGACAGUCAAGCUAACUCUGCAGCCUUUGUCCAGCCUCAAGGCCGGUCUAAACUGUGAGGUCGUUAUUCUGGGAAAAGUCAUAUGCAGCGUGAGGAAUGAGGACAUUGUGCCUUUCACGUUCUGCCUGAUAGACAAGCAGAAGAAUGUGUGCGCAGUGACUGUUUACAACAUAGCGGAAGGUCAGGGCGUUAUCAUCGGUGACUCAGUGGCCAUCCCUGAACCUUACGUUACCAACGUGUGCUUCUCCUACGGCAGCAGAAAAUAUUCCUACUUGAGCAUCAGAGUAGAUAACCCGCUAGUCAUGGUUGUCAACGGGAAGAAAUUGGGAAGAGAUAAACUUGCUGGAACCCAGAUGUCUACCAGUCCGAUGACUCACUAGCGAAAAUGUGACUUACUACUGCCACUGCCCUACCUGGCUCAAACUGUAGGAUUGUUACGGUAAUAGCUACUAACUAUUAAAAAGACUGACUAUUAACAUUUUGCUUUAAAACUAAUGUAGAUGCAGAGACAUUGUGUUAUUUUGAAUAAUGUAGAGACUGUUAAGUUGGCUCAUUUCUUCUUUAGAGAAGUAUUUUCUUAGAUCGUACUACAAUAGUUUUUGUUUUUUGUUCUUAAAAAUUUUACUUUACUUUGUAAAAUGAUUCUCAAUGGCAAAAAUACUCAACAUAAUUGAUAGGGGUGCAUUUAAGUAUAUAAAUCAUUAAAAUUUGUUUACUCAUCGCUUGUUUCAUUGUUUUUCAGUAUUAUUUUUAGAAAUAUAAAUGUAAGCAUCUUUUGUACCAAUAUGAAACAUUGUCAUUUCUUGCAAAAAAAUUCAAAGAUCGGAUAUUUGAUUUGGUUAAACAUGUGAACUAUGCAAUUUUUAAUCAAAUGUUGAUCCAAAUCUUGAUCAUAUUACUAUCUAUAAAUAUCUAUGUAUUGUUUUUUGUUCACAUACUUUUAAGCACCAAAGCAUCCUCAAAUGACCAUAAACGCACACUCUGGUAAGCUCUACAGCGAAUAAUUAUUACUAAUUUAAUAUUUUAAGUUAUUACUGCACAGUAUUAACAUAAAACCAGUGUCAUAGAUAUAUUUAGCACUAAUAUGUUACCCUUCGUUAACAUAACCUUGCUUUUUCCAUCUGUUUGUAGAAAACACAUGGGGGUGUUUAUGAAAAUGGUUUAAUAGUAGUUAACGCAACGAUCGCAUAAAGACUAUUUACCCGAGUUGUGUGCUACUUUACCUACGAUCGUUUUUUAAAUACUAACAAUCACUACUCAUAACUUCUAAGAGAGGUUAUGUUUAUGUUUAUUACCUCUCAUUGCCCACUGAUAGUGAUAUAACGACUCAUUAAAUAGGUAAUAGCUGAUAAGUUGUAAAAGCAUUACAAUUUUACUUCUUUUCGCUCAAUCCUUGAACCUCAUUGGUCCAUUACUAGUGCUGUAAAGUAAAAAAAAUGUGGUUAAGUAAGUAAACAAUGCAGUAAAGUGAAUCUUUUAUAUUUUUAGAACUGAAUUGAAAAAGCCAGUUUAAAAAAUGGUCGUAGGUCAAAUAUUAUCAAUUUAGUAAUUUGUUUAAAAUAUGUGCCUUUUAAUAACCAUAAAUCUAAAUACUUCUAAAGGUUUUUCUCAAGUGAUUAUAUUUUGUGAUUGUUUAAGACACGAGCUAUAAAUAACAUCUGGAGAUAGCAACUUUGUGAAUAAAAAAAUAACCAAUGGUUUGAAUACUGUCCUGAUAAUUAUUGGUACCUAGCUUUUAAAAAUGUCUAAAAAAAUUGUUUAACUCAAUAUAAAAAAUAAUAUUUUUAAACAAAAAGAAGUCAUAUGUUUACAAUGAAUAUACAGGGUGUCCCGGAACUCUCUACCAAUAUUUUAGGGCAUUGCUCCUGGAUAAGAA